CUGUGAUGCAAUCGCAUUUCUCUUCCUCAGAGACUUCGACGGCGAAGUGCACCUGAGAAGUGAUCGACUGCUCUACGGAACCGAGCAAGCGAAGAUGUUCCUCCGCGUGAUCUCGCGGCCAUUGAUGGCGAAGGUGAAGCAGACGACGGGGAUCGUCGGACUCGAUGUGGUUCCGAACGCCAGGGAGGUGCUAAUAGGUCUGUACACCAAAACCCUAAACGAGAUCAAGGCGGUCCCGGAGGACGAAGGAUACCGUAAGGCGGUGGAGAGCUUCACAAAGCACCGUUUGAAGGUGUGCCAGGAGGAGGAGGACUGGGACGUGAUCGAGAAGCGCCUAGGGUGCGGUCAGGUCGAGGAGCUUAUCGAGGAGGCGCGUGAUGAACUCACUCUCGUCGGCAGAAUGAUCGAGUGGGAUCCUUGGGGUGUUCCUGAUGACCAUGAAUGUGAGGUUAUUGAGAAUGAUGCUCCAGUUCCUAAGCAUAUUCCUCUACAUCGACCUGGUCCUCUGCCUGAAGAGUUCUACCAGACACUAGAAGCUGUUACCAAAAAUGAUGUACCUAAAAUAACCUCCAGUGAGUCACAGUCAAAGGAGUAGCAUGCUGCUGAUAAGGAGCUAGAGGCAUUUAGGUUUUCCUAGUUGAACUUGCAAUUUCUUCUUGUACUCUUGUUUAUGUGAUGUUUAUCGUGUAUCAGUCUUCUUUUCUUGAUUGAAUGGAGUUCACUGUUAGGCUGAUACUAGAACAUUACAGUUGCUAAUAAUCUUGCCAUGGCCAGAAAUUACAAGAAUUCUGUGGUCAGUGUUUCUUUCAUUCCUUUGAAAAUAAUGCAAUUGACAUUUGGUGCAAGUACACUGUGUGUGCCUGUCAGCUCAGAAUUUGUUAGGGACCUGAAUAAAGCGUAAGAAUUUUG